UAGAGUACCAGAGCUAAUAACUGGAAGCUCAGCAUGUCCUAUGGGAUGGGUAACAACUACAUGGAAAGGCGACGUUUUGGUCUGUUUUAAAGGGUAUAUCAACAAGGGAAACUACACCUGGUCAGAAGCAGAGAGUUAUUGCGAAAAUAAAGGUGCUGAACUGCCUUCACCAGGCGUUGGGUUCUUGGAUUGGGCCUACAGACAAUUUCUAUAUAAUUAUGGCGUGGGAGCUGUUUGGAUGACCACAGAAAGGCCCUUAUGGCUAUCAAACGACAAUGACCUUGCUAUGGAUGUAGUCAACUGGCUGCCAAAUACUAACUAUAGUCUGGGCCACCCUGUACUUACUCCUCAUGGCUGGGAUCGAGAGGGAGAGGGGAAAACAAAAUCAACUGUUUUGUGCCAGAAGAAAGGUCUAGAGAGGACAGGCAGGGAGAUACAAUUAUACAAGAGAGGAGAGGGAGACAUUUGCAUUGAUAAUGAAGAAAUGCUUGGUGGUUCAAAUUUGCUGCGAUGUUUUGCCAAUGGUAGAGAAAUAAUAGUGAGGAAAGUGGGUAAACCUGGAUGUAAAUAUUCAAUUCCAAUAGUUGUGCAAGGUUAUUAUCAAUGUCAACAGUGGGUGACAAUGCCUUUCCAGUUAGUGAAAUCUAAUAUAUUAUUGCAUCGUAAGAAAAAGAAUUUAACAUUUGCUGUACGUAUGUCAGAGAAAAGGCCGUACAUUCCUGAAAUACAUGACAAUACAUUUAGAAAUAUGACACAGCAAGAGAAAGGUUUUGAUAUUUGUUCUGCAGAAUUUGUUAAAAAGUUCGAAAAAGUGUAUGCGAGCAAUGGCUUUGCUACCAUGAAAACAUUCAUAGACAACUACAAUAAUUUCCCUGGUAAGCAAAAUCGUGGGAUUAUGUACAAUUUUCAUCUCAAUUUGCAAUUCUCAGGCAAGGAGGAAAAUGAAAGGAAAGUCUUUCAGUUAUUCGAUCUGUUAGGGAGCACUUCUGAGCUCUCUUCUGGAUGUGUAGUACGGAGUGUUAGGAGUACCACAAAAUGCUUCAGCGAGAGUACAGUUGACAGCGGCAUUGAAGAGAGGAACCUAACCUGGCCAAACACAGCUGGUGGCGUUAUUGCUCUGCCAAAAGAGCUCUGCAUCACCGAAGAAGGCGAGCCUGUGACGCGGGAAUGCCUUGGAAGCUUCCUCACAGGGUAUUACUGGGGGCCUCCUUCCAGCAGCUGCAUGGGAGAACCGACCAACAAGACGAAGCAGCUUUGGGGAAUCAACAACAAUGCAACUGUUGAGAAAACUGACAUUCCUACGACGCUGUCCAGUAUCACUCAGAAUGGUUCUACUCUUCAGCCUGUUGACAUUCACUUUGUUGCUACGAGCUUCAAGGCUCUUUCUGAAGAGACCGAAAAACUGGAUGAAGUUGAUCUAGAAGAAAUUGUACAGACUAUAAAUAACGUGAUGGAAGCUAAAGAUGAAACAUUUGAACCAGUUCAGAAGAAGCUGUUAUCAUCAAGUAUCUUAUAUGAAGCCUUUGAAGAAAUGACCUUCAAAGUUCAGUUACCAGAAGCCAAAGGCGAUCAGAAAGUAAAUGCCUCAAGAAAACUAAUAACAGUUGAGCGGUUCGACCUUGAAGUGAACAGCACCAUCAUUGGCUUCGAAUCUCGGAAUGGGGGAGCGGUUGAAACGACCAUCGAAAAGGGCGUCAGGACGGACCAUGCUGACACCGACGUGGCUAUCAUCCUUCCCGAGAAUCUCACAUACAAGGUGGCUACAUCGCACGUAAGCAUGCGAGCCAAGAUACGUUCUGAAAGCAAAGUCCAACUUGCUUUUGCUGUAUUUAAGAAUGCAAAGCUGUUCCAAGACCGGGACUCAUUUCCAAAUUACACUGUUAGUAGUCCUAUCAUUCAAGCUACAUACAGGGGUGAGGUUGUGAAAAACCUGGAGGAACCGGUCACACUGAUCUUCAAGCCUCCUAAAUACGGAAGGAAGAACACCAAAUGCGUGUUCUGGGAUUUCAGCAAGCACGGCGGGAGAGGAGGAUGGUCUACUCAAGGCUGCUGGAAGGGGAAGAGUAGAGGAAACCAUGAUGUGUGUCACUGCAACCACCUCACGUGUUUCGCACAGCUCAUGAACUAUAAUAGUGACGACUUUGACGGCAACCAUGGUUUAGCCUUGGACAUCAUCACGAUCAUAGGAUGCUGUCUCUCGAUCGGUGGGCUGCUACUUGUAUUCACGACAUUCUUCCUCUUCAAAAAGUGGCGGAGACCUCUUGAUAACAAGAUUCUAGUCAACCUCUCCUUUUCAGUUUUCUGCAGCAUUGUUAUCUUCCUGGCCGGCAUCAACCAGACGUGGAACAAAAUCCUUUGCAGGAGUAUUGCCGUUGCUCUCCACUACUUCAUCCUUGCAUCAUUCGGCUGGAUGCUGGUGGAAGCCGUCCAUCAGUACCUCAAAUUCGUGAAGGUCGUGGGCACUUACAUCCCCAGGUUCAUGUGGAAGGCCUCGGUGACUGCCUGGGGCGUGCCCGUUGUCCCUAUCAUCGUCGUCCUGGUGUGUGACAGCAGCCUUUAUGACCACGGAGACGACUUGAAUCCAGAGUCGAAGAUCUGCUGGAUGUCAAGAGACGGAUUUCUCUACGCUUUCCUUCCUCCUUUAGUCCUGACGAUGGUCAUCAACAUCAUAAUGUUUAGCCUCAUCCUCUACGGAGCCGUGUGCGGCCGCGCGCGGGUCAAUUCCACCAUGUCCGAGAGGUCGCUGUUCAUCAGCCAGCUUCGUAUGGCCAUCUGUGUGUUCGUUCUUCUCGGCUUCACGUGGAUAUUCGGAAUCCUGGCGAUAUGGAAGGGUCGCCUCUUAUUCUCUUAUCUCUUCUGCAUCUUCAAUACUCUGCAGGGCUUCUUCAUCUUCAUCUUCCACGUGUACAGAGGCAGGAGCGCCAGGAGGCUCUGGGGUGACUUCCUCUCUGUCAUAAGCAAGAGUCCGUCGUCGACUGAACCUUCGAACUCCAACAACGCUCACGUUUCUAUGCAGUAUCGAGGUCACCUGGACAGCGUGACCUACAACCACGGCGGAGGGAUCCUCGUCAUCCCGCAGAAGCCGACAGUACAAAUGUCCACGAGGGGAAUGAGCAUAAAAUCGUUGGGCACGACGUCGACCCUCCUUCACUCGAGAACAAGCUACACCCCAUAGAGACGUUUUCAUUGACUCAUUUUAUCCCAUUCCCCUCGCUUCAUAUUUUUCUCUCCUUUUCCCUUGGACCUCUCUCUCUCUCUCUCUCUCUCUCCUCUCUCUCUCCUCUCUCUCUCUCUCUCUCUCUCUCUCUCUCUCUCUCUCUCUCUCUCUCUCUUUCUUUCUCUCUUUCUCUCUCUCUCAUCAUUUUGCCCACAGAUUUUUAUCCAUCAUUCACAAAAGCAUUCAUACAAAAUCACCAGUGAGGUACAUGUAUAUAUAUCAUAUGUAAAAAGAAUCACCUAGGAUUAAGUACUUGUAAGAUAGAUUUUAUUUAAGAGUAUAAAGAAAAAAAAAA